AUUAUAUUAUCGUCAGUGUCGUUAAAAUAUUGUACGUGUGUAAAAAGAAUUAUAAACUAAACAAAUCAUAUUAAAUGUUGUUUGUUAGAAAAUGAAUCCGUAUUACAGAAGCGUAUUAUUACGUUAUUUACUUAUAAAAUUAUAUAUAAUCUAUAGAUAUUUAAGAAAUGUAUUGAAAAACAUACUUGUACGUCGAUGUUAUACUAUUAUCUAAUGUUUUCAUUGUAAUUUAGGUCACCAAAUACACUGUGGAGGGUACAAAUGUUGUUCUUUACUUAAGUCAAUUUAUAACCUAUGAAAAUUUUACUCAAAAAAUAUUUAAAAAUGUAUUUCCUUAAAUUAAUUAACAGCGAUAAUCAAAACCUCAGAAAUAUAUGUAUGUGCACAUGAUAAUAUAAAAAAAUAACGCAUGCAACUAUAUGUAUAUGCAUGUGUCAACUGUUUUAUCAUACUGUAAAUGUGUAAUGUAUAAGUACUUAAUUGUACCGGUAGAUGGUAGCUUCGACAAAAAUAAUACAAUCGAUUUAAGUUACUCAAUUAACCUCUAUAUAAUUGAAAUCUAUACAACAGGUUAUAUACUAGGCCGGAGUUUAUAAGCAGACAUAAUAUCGUUUAAUUAAAAAAGUAUAGUGAAUAAAUUAUUUAAUGCUCAGCACGUGCAACGUGAAAAUAUAACUCGUAGAAUCUUAUCAAUGAAUAUUUAUAAGUCGUUGUAUUCAAUGGCACGAAGAAAUUAUGGAAGAAGCAGAAAUAGUGGAGCACUUUUACGGAGUAUAUUUAUUAUAUUGUUUGAAUCCAAAGUACAAAGGCAGAACUUAUAUAGGUUAUACCGUAGAUCCACGACGUAGAAUUAAACAACAUAAUGCCGGUAAAAAAUAUGGCGGUGCAUGGAAAACUAGCAAAAGAGGUCCAUGGAGCAUGGUGUUAAUUAUUCACGGCUUUCCUAACAAUACUUCUGCAUUGAGAUUCGAAUGGGCAUGGCAGCAUCCUCACGUAAGUCGACGUUUAAGGCAUGUAUCGAAAAAAAAAUCAACCCAAAAAACUAUAGAAUUUUAUUUGAUGGUUCUCUCGGAAAUGCUCAAAGUUGGACCCUGGUGUCGUUUACCUUUAACAAUUCGUUGGUUGGACGAUGACUUCGCUCAAACUUAUUCCACUUCCUUUUCACCGCCUUUACAUAUGCCGAUAUGUUACGGGAAAGUCAUACCGCGAAAGGUCACUAAGAGAAGUCCAAGAAAAGAGAAGGCCAUCGAAUCACAGAUGGAAGAAGAUUAUAUUCCUGUACUCCUUUGCUCAAUUUGCGGAUUAAUAAGCGAAAAAAACGAAUCCGUUACGUGUAUAAAACCGAGUUGUCGACUGAUAGCACAUUUAAUUUGUUUGGCACAACAUUUUCGUAAGGACGACCAAAUCUUACCGAUCGAGGGUACAUGUCCUUCCUGUAAUACCAACGUCCUUUGGGGUGAUUUGAUAAGAAAGAUGAUAGGUUGUUAUCAAGACUUGCAAAGUGAUGUUGAUAACUCUCCACUUAUAAUCAGUAGCGAUGAAGAUAUCGUAGAUUAAUUAUUAAUUAAUUGUUAGGUCUUUAGAUUUACAUUUUAUGCAACAUAAUCAUGUUUUAUAACUAUGUCAUUUUAUAACAGUAAAUCAUGUUUUAAGAUUAUAAGAAAAAAAAUGGUCUACAACUGACUCUGAAUCAUUAACACUAUUGAAAGAUAUAAAUAUAUAUUUUCUCGCAUAGUGUGCUAGAUAUAUGAAGUUAUAACAUAAAUACUACUUUAAUAUGUAAUUAGCACGCGCGUAGCGCGAACCGUUAGUACUUUUGUUAUACGUGAUCAAACGAAGCAGCACAUAUCGUGCUGUCCAUAAUUGUUAACUAACAUUUAGGUCACAGCAAUCAUUUUUUUUGCCGUUGUCAAGUCUAUGUUAAUCACAAAAUACAUACACACACAUAAACACACACACAUAUAUAUAUAUAUACCACUGAUUAAUAAGAAACGGAUAAGUGAAUAAAUAAAUAAUUAAAUAAAGAAUGUAUUAUACAUAUAUCUUCAGUUAAAGUGCAGAUCAUUUCAAAUUCAUAUAAUCCUUAGAAUAGAUCAGGUAUCAGAUCAUCGUCAGCAUAAUCGGAAUAAUCUUCCGCGCCAGGAGGCACAAAUAUUCCUCCAAGAACACCAGAAAUAUUUUCACCUAAUCCCAUCGACGUUGCUACACCAAAAACGAGUCUCAUCACGAGCAAUCUUAUGAAAUUUGCCGGAUUGGUUUCUUUACUUUGUAACAACAAUUGCUUCGUUUUCUUAUUGUUAGAUCGACAUUCGAUCUGAACGAUCUGUAAAUUAUAAUAAAAAACAAUCAGACUUCUUA